CAAGCCCGCGUUUGAGUGGCUUUACCGUGCGUUCGGUAUAUUGAUCUGAGCUCUCCGAGUUUGAAUUAAUUUUACCGUUCGUUUAUUCAAAAAGUGUACUUGGUGCAGGCUCUUUUGCGUUCGUUUAUUCAAAUUUCGGGCACUCUGACCCAGCGUUCAACUGCUCUGUUCGCUCGCUUGUCACGUGAUUACGGCUCCGCUCAGCUCUUUGUGCAAAAUACUGAACGCGAGAUAUGUAUCGAGAUUUUUUGAGGUUAGGAAGUUCGUUGACAAAUCAUAAAUCUUAAAACUACUUCAUUUUCUUUUACUGGGAUGCUUUGAUUUUUUUGUGAUUUUAUACAUACUUCUUUUUCAACUGUGUUUUGAAAUUUUUUUCUAAACCCUCUAUCUUCUAUUAGUGCAGUUUAAACUUCAAUAUUGCAUUACAUUUACAGAUUGUUUUUUCUAUUUUAUCUGGGAGCAAUGCAUUGCCAUCAAAUGCAUUAAGAAGCCGCUCCUGAAUUUCUGUGAAGACCUGAGCAUUAUAACAUGAGCAAUUCUUCAAAGAUAAAUGAUACUAUUAUAAAAAUGGUAAACGAUUUAAAAGCUACUGGUGGUGGUAGUAGUAGUGGCAAAAUUGAUGACUACAAAUCACCACUGAAACGUUCAAUGAGCAGCAUUUCCAUAGAGAGUUUCGAAGAUCAGACUCCAGUUAAACGGUUUAGAAAUACAAACAACCUGGAUGUAUCCUAUGUUGGAUCUCCUAGAGAAAUGAGACGCCUGAGGGCAGAUCUUAUGGAGGCCAGAAACAAUAUAAUGUGCUUGGAGAACAGAAUUCAGCAUAUGCAUAAUCUACGAAAGGAAAUGCAAACAUUGUUUGAUAAUGAAACAGAUGGUCUUAAAAAACAACAUGACUAUGACAGAAAGACGAUUGAAGAAUUGGAAAUUCAGCUUCAAGAUAUAAGAAAGAGGGAGGCAGCACUCAAGCUGGAGUUAUUGGAGAUAAAGCAAGAUCACGAGCAGCUCAAAGUAGCUUCCGCGUAUCAAAUAAACGCCCUGGAAAGUGAAAUUGGCGCUCUUAAAGAUGAAUCCCAAGCUAGCAAAUUUGAAGAUGGCAUCGAAUCAUCCGAAAUGAAAAGAAAAAUAAUAGAAUUGGAAACUAUUUUACAAGCUGCACAAGAAGAUGCGGAGGCUCAGAGAAAUUUGGUAAUAGAGUUAGGAAAAGAAUUGAGUGAGAAAAACUCCAUUGCUAGAGAACUGGAACUGAAAGAAGUUGCUCUAGUAAAAGCUAAAAACCAAAUAAGAGUUUUGGAGAAUGCUAAAGAAGAUUAUAUGGAGUUUCAACAACAGGCAAAAACUCAAGCACACAAACUGGCCAGAUACGUGCAAUUGGAAGAAGAAAAUAAACAGCUGAAGGAGGAUUUUUCGAGACUCAAGGGAGACUUGAAAAAUAAACUUUUAUUGGAAGAAGAAGUGUACGAUUUAAGGAAUCGACUUUCGAAGCAUAAAGAGUUGGAAAAAAAGACUGCAGAUUUACAGGUACAAUGUGACCGAAAUCAGAUGCAAUUGGCUGAAUGGAAAGCACUUGCACGAGGAUUUUGUGAAACAACAGAAAGUGACGUAAUGUUGCCCCAUUUACUGAGGUCUGCUAUUGAACGACUCCAACAACAAGAGCUAACUCUUACAUCAGAAAAGGUUGAAUUUGAAAGUCAAUUGAAAUCCGCACAACAUGCUGCUAAAGUAUCCAAAUCUGAGCUCGAGAAAAACCAGAAACUUCUUAGAGAACUCAAAACUACAGGCGAUCAAAAACAGAAUCUAAUACACCGUAUGCAAAAAAAAUUGCUUUUGGUAACUAGAGAAAGAAAUAGCUAUAGGCUCCAAUUGGACUCGUAUGAACGAGAUUUGACUAUGGUUGCGGAUACUUCUACCAUGGGUAAUUCCAAUCUAAUUCAAAGUCAGAAAGAACGAAUUGAUAAUUUGGAAAAGGUUAUUGAUGACUAUAGGGAUAUGGUGGCUAAAUUGGAGAAUGAUUUGCAGGAGGCUCAGCCACAGUUACAUGCAGAUGUUGUACCUGUGAGGCUAGAACAAACCGCAAGGCUUCAGAGUGAGGUAGCUCAUUUACAAGAUGUCAACCAACAGUUGAGGGAACAAAAAGACCAUCUUGAAAUCAAGCUGGAGACAUUGCUAGAAGGUCAAGAUAGUCUACACGGCGGACAAGUAUUUCAUUUAGCCAAUAAUCCUUUAGCAGAACACGUGAAUCAGAGAGUCCAAAAAUUGGAAAUGUUACAAGAAGAAAAUGCACGCUUGAAGAAUAAAUUGAAAAAAAUGGAAGAAGGCAUUGAGACUAGCAAAAUUGGCGACCUAUCUAUUUGUCCCAAAGAAGUGCAAGCACUAAAAGAAAAAAAUUUAAACUAUGAAAAACAACAUCAAAAGUUGAAGGAUCUUUUCAAAUCGUCGAUGCAAGAUUUCCGCAACGUAAUUUACAUGUUAUUCGGCUAUAAAAUUGAUAAAUCAAACAGUUCUAGUACUUAUAAAUUGAGAAGUACGUACGCGGAACAGCAAGAUGAUUUACUUUGUUUUGCGGUAAAUCAAGCGGGUGAUCUGGAUUUGUUGGCAACUGACUUCAGUUCCUCUUUGGAGCCCCUGAUUGAUUUGCAUUUGAAACAUCAAAACUCAAUUCCUGUAUUUUUGAGCGCUGUCACUAUGGAUUUGUUUAAUCAAAAAACUAUUACAUAGAAUUUUUGAAUUAGUGUAAAUAUAUGUAUCUAUAACGAUUUGAUAGAAAUUAAUUUUACAAUUUUCUUUAUUGUUCAUUUACUAGUAGAUUGUAUUACGUGUAAUUUGCAGUGUCAUUUGGAAGUGACACACUAGGUCUGUUCGCAGAGAAAUCACAAACCAGUCAGAGUGAAUCUCAUUGGUUGAAACUAGUUUUCUGACUGUUUCUGAUUGUUUUCAACCAAUGAAAUGCGCUCUGACUGGUUUGUGAUUGCUGUGCGAACAGGCCUUAUUUAAAAUGACUUUAUUUCAAUAAUAUCAAUUAGGUUAAGGUUAGCAAUUAGAAGAGUGUAUGGAACAGGCUGUAGUUCUAUGUUACAAUUAUUAUUAUUGUUUGCUCUAGCUAGAAUUUGCUUUUUGUUAUUUAAGAGUUAACUUCAAGCAAAUGUAUUUGGGAUUAAUAAAACUAUAUACCUUGAUAUUAAUGACCAUUACUGAUAUCC